UUCCUCCACAACCACCAUUUCUGAUUGCUUCCAGUUACAUUCCAUCCAGUCAACCUUGACUUCUGGUGACUACAGGAACAAGUCUCUGUUGUUUUCUUGGCAACAUCUUCAAGUGUAGUUUGUCAUUGUCUCUUUCUUCAGAAGGCUGAGAGACAGGGACUGACCCAAAGGCAUCCAGCUAAAAAUCACUAGCCUGGUGCCUUUCACCACUGCUCCAAACUAGCUCUCAGUUCAUCAGAGUAGUAUCUUCCCAGUUUUGUCUGAUGAAGUGGGAAUGGGUGAUCACACCCAAAAUAUGGAAAUAGCUCUUGCAUGGUUCAGCUGAUUAAUAUUAAGGAAACUGGUCGUUCCAAUCAGGGUUUCCCAAAGUCGGCAACUUUUAAGAGAUGAGGACUUCAAUUACCAGAAUGCUGGCAGGGGAAUUCUGGGAGUUGUAGUCCAAACAUGUUAAAGUUGCCAAGUUUGAAAAAUACUUUGGAGAGCAGGAGGAGCCUUCCGCCAUAUAUAAGACACAACCGCCCUCCCCUUAAAAGGUCCCUGCUGCACGGGCCGCUCUUAGCUAUCCUGGUGAUAUACUCCAGUCCUUGUCUGGUAAAAAAUGCCUUUCAGCGCUCGCUCCGUUUUCGCUCCCCCACCCCCUCACUCGUUUGUUCCUGCCUAGUCGGCGCUUAAUGACAAUGUGCGCUUGCGCUGCUCCGCCGAUGUCGCCAGAGCCUUCCAUUACAGGAAGGUAAUCCCAAGUCCGGCCGGGCUCAUUCUCUUUUUCUGACCAUAGAGUUUCUGACUACCACCGCAAGCGGAAUGAAGCCGGUAACAAUACAGCAUCAACCCUAGCGGCAAGGCCAGCCGUAAAGCGAGCUGCAAUCCAAUGUCGUGCACGCCCGCCUCGGAGGGAAAGUCGCUCGUGAGAAGCCACGCCUCUGACCCCUUUCUCCUUCCUCUCAGUCCUUCCUCGGGGCCAACCAUAAAGUAAAGCGACGCGAAGUGUCGCGCCGUUUCCCUGAUUCUGGAGCCGCGGCAGCCAGGCCUGACAGGAAACCUAGUCGCGCUUUACGGCCUCUGGAUGAGGAGGAGCGGAGAAAGGGAGCGGGAGGUGUCGCGGCUGCUGCUGCUGCUGCUGAAGGGACUUUGGGGACAUGGCCGAGGUACCGCCCGGGCCUAGCAGCCUCCUCGCUUCGCCGCCGGGAGCCGCCGCUGCGCUCCUUUCUCCCUUUCCGGGAACUGCUGAAGAGGAGGAGGACGAAGAGGAGGACGAAGAGGAAGGAGGAAGGCGUUCCUGCAGGGAGGAGGAAGCUGAGGAUGAAGGCAUGCGGGAGGGGAGCCUGCCCCGCCGCCGCGUUUGCCAGCCCCAUCGCCACUACCAUCAGCUCAACGGCCUCAUCGCUGGAUCGGACUUGCGGCACUUGCGAAGCUCCCUGAAGGACAAGGUUUUAAGCAACAGCAACGAGAAGCAGUGUCCGCCCAAUAGCAAGAAAAAUGGCAACGCCACCAUCACCACUGGUCCUGGCAAAAGAAUGGGACACGGGCAGGAGCCCCAGCAUCCCUGUCAGGGAGGGGAACAGGAGACAAGUCCACCUUCGCUCAGCAACCACCACCAGGUCCCUUGCCCCCAGGCAAGGACUGCACAGUCCCAACAGCAGCAACAUCACCACCACCACCACCACCAUGAUGCUUCUGCUCCCUCGGCUGGGGACAGGAAUGGGCUGGUUGGGGGAGGAGAGUUGGAGGAAGGCGAGGACCAGGAGUUGGAAAGGGAAGAGGAGUCCUUGCUACUUCUCUCCAGAUCCUUGGCCUCUACCUGCAGUUUGCAAAAAUGUUCCAUGGGUCCCCAUACAAACACUUCCUGGCCCCCCCAGCAGGUGAAGGAGGAGAAAGAGGACCUCACAAUACGAUAUGUCCGAUACGAGUCCGAGCUACAGAUGCCAGACAUCAUGAGACUGAUCACCAAAGAUCUGUCUGAACCCUACUCCAUUUACACUUAUAGGUAUUUUAUCCACAACUGGCCUCAGCUUUGCUUUUUGGCAAUGGUAGGUGAUGAGUGCGUAGGUGCAAUCGUCUGCAAGUUGGACAUGCACAAAAAGAUGUUUCGUAGAGGUUAUAUAGCCAUGUUAGCGGUGGAUUCCAAAUACAGAAGAAAAGGCAUAGGUACAAACUUGGUUAAGAAAGCUAUUUACGCCAUGGUAGAAGGAGAUUGUGAUGAGGUUGUCCUGGAGACUGAGAUUACGAACAAGUCUGCAUUGAAACUUUAUGAAAACCUUGGCUUUGUGCGAGACAAGAGGUUGUUCAGAUACUAUUUAAAUGGAGUUGAUGCAUUGCGUCUUAAACUUUGGCUGCGUUAAUUGGAGGACUUUUCUUCUCAACAAACAUGGCAGCAGCAUCUUUUGCAUUCAAUGCAAUUUGUGUGGAAUUGCUUUGCAGUUGGACGUAAUAACUUCCAUACAGCUCUUCUUUGUGAGUGUCUCAUCGAGCAUUGCACCUAAAUUGUUGCACUGUGUGGCAUGGCGCAUCUUGUUCUGAAUUUACAACAGGUUGUUUCAGACUUCAAAUCCUCUUGGUAACCAGGAAGAUGUGCCAAUAGGUAGCCAAGAGCUCCUCUUUUCAUUUGCAAGUCUACUGACUUCUGUUAUAUAAAUGGUGAACAUUUUAUCAAGAACCUGUGUAUACAGAACACAAUCUUUUUUCGGUUUAAGAGAGAAAGAAAAGCCAAUGUAAUUGUAAAAUUCUAUAAGUAUACUAACAUUUCAUACAAAUCUCACCAUAGUUGUUUUUUUCCUGGGGAAAAUAAAAAUUACUUCAACUUUAGGUUUUAUUUUUCAAUAUUGAACUUUCCAUUCUUAAAUAUUGGUACCUCAGUGAUUAGUGGAUGAAAAAAAUGUAUUGUAGGGUGGGGUGUGUGUUACAUCGAGUAACGGUAACAAAUUGCGUCUGCCAGUGCCUGUAGAAAUACGUAUAUUUGUCUCCACUGCUAAUUUGAGUGCAUGCUUUCUUUUCUUGAUUUUUUUUUGUCUUUGCAAGAAUGGCUUUUAUUUAAACUCUGGGUUUGAUAAUAAAUUAUUUCAUUUAUCAUUUGGACAGAACUCCCAUGUGAGGGCUUAAGAAGCCCUUGUCUUACAGUAAAAAGUCUAAGCUAUUUUUUAGAAGAACAAUUUUGAGUCGCUGCUAAAAGGGAGUCUGAUGCACUUUUUCCUUUAAAGAGAGUGAGGGAUCUUUUUAAAAAGCAAACAAACAACAAAUUAAUGUAAUCUGAAUUAACUUUUCUUUAAUUAGAAUUACAACCAGAAUAGCUAAAAGAACCAUUAUUUUUAAAUAAUUGAAUGAAUUUAAAUUCUGCUUGGACUCAUGCUUAAUUUUCAUGUUUUAAAAAUGCUUCUGUCUUCAGUUCUUGCUCUUGAAAAUGAAUUUCAAACUGCAAUACCAUGUUUAUUCUUUAGCUGCUUUCAUUUUAUUUUUUUAUUUUAGAAAAGCCAGAUCUCUUGCAGUUUUAAUCUUUUUCUGAAUCAUUUGACAGAGAAGUGUCCAAAGGUUGGUUUUGAGUUCUUCCCUCUUUUUAAAAUCAUCUACAUGGGCUUGUAUUCUUUUUCACUAAUUACACUGUGUACUUCUGUCUGUCAGUGCAAUAUGUAAAGCAAAUCACUUCUUUUUGGCAGUUCAGCAAUGACAGCAUUAGUAUAUAAUAUAUAAAAGCAAAACAUAAGAUUGAUCCCAAGUAACUCAUGGGGAAAAAAAUCUUUCUUCUAUUGACAGGAAACCUUUCAGAAUUCAAGUUUGCCUUACUAUGUAAUAUGUUAAGUUCAAUCAUUUUAUAAAGCGGUUUAAGUUACUGUACAUUUGAGAGGACUUUAUCGCUAGUCCUCUGGAGAAGAAUACCCAUUCUGGAUAGUUUAGCAAAUUUAAAGGAAGGCCAUCUUUAUUUUGCACAGUCUGAGCAUUUCCCCCACUAUGUAUAAGUUGUGACUUGUAUUUGGGAAAAAAUAAAGGAUUUUAAUUUAAAACUGGCA